AUGGCAAGUUCAAGAGCGAUAGGUGCUGCAUUCUUGAUCUUACUUAUUCUAGACCUCAGUUUUGCUGCUAUGUCACCGAAGGCAAUAAGCAAAGGAGGUGGUGGAGGAGGCGGAGGAGGAAGGGGAGGUGGUGGUGGUGUUUCAGCAUCAGAACAUGGAUCAGGCUCUGGUAACGGUUCAGGAUAUGGGUCUGGGGGUGGAGAGGGAUAUGGUGGCGGCCGUGGAGGAGGAGGUGGAGGUGGAGGUGGAGGCGGAGGCGGAGGUGGUGGUAGGGGGUCAGGUAGUGGAUAUGGGUCUGGCAGUGGCUCAGGCUAUGGGUCUGGUGGUGGAAUAGGAGGAAGUGGAGGUGGUGGUGGUGGAAGAGGUGAAGGAGGAGGAGGAGGAGGUAGAGGGUCUGGGUCAGGAAGUGGGUCAGGUUAUGGAAGUGGAAGCGGGUCAGGACAUGGAAGUGGCGGUGGCAGCGGCAGGGCUGGAGGAGGAGGAUCUGGCUCUGGUUCUGGCUAUGGCAGUGGUUCAGGUUAUGGGGAGGGCUAUGGGUCAGGAUAUGGAGGGGACAGUGAUGGGCCAAAAUAUCAGAUGAAACAGUGCUUUGAGAUGCUUAGAGGUUGGCACUACACAUUAAUAAAUGAAGAUCAGAAUACAAUUUCAAACUCCUUACACAUGAGCGGGCGGCAUGUAAACGUAAAUGUGAAUAAUGACGACUUUGGAAAAAACCGGAAGCACUCUUUAACUCUUUCAAAACAUCUUGGGUGCUAUCAAGAGCAAGUUGACAAUAUGGAGUAA